UCCUCCUACGGACCCCGAGCCGACUCCCCCUCCCUUUUCCCCCCUCCCCCCUUUCCUCCUCCUGCACCUGCUCCGGCCGCCUCUGCUUCUCGUGCCUCACCCGCUCCCAGCCCCGCCCGAGCCCAGCUGGGGCUCUCCGAGAAGCUAUCCCCUAUACCCCUUAGCUCCCCCCCCAUUCCAGGCUCCAUCAAACCCUGAACCCCCGCUAGGUUCUUCCUCACCCUAACCCCCCAUUAGUCUCUCCAGACCCUCCACUCCCAGCCCGCUCCCUAGCAUCCUACCCAAUCCCGACGCCCCCGCCUUCCAGACUGCUCCCCCCGCCCCAACUCCGGAGACUCCUCUGUCAUCCAGGGCCCUGCGGCUUCCAGAGUCCCCCUCAUCGCUCCCUGGGUCCAAGGCUUGGUUGCCCUGAGCCCCCAGCGCCAUUUCCCAGCCCUUCCCCCCUGCCUUCCAGUAACACCGAUUCUUUCCCACUCCCCCCCCCCACCCCUUUUCUCCAGGCUCCCCCCCUCCCCAGCCCAGGUCCCGCCCUAGCCCCUCCUCCCCUCUCUCGGAACAGAGUCCUGACUGCCGGGGGUGGGAGGGGAGGGGAGGCGCGUGUCCGAUGACCCGUCCCGUCGCUGCCUCGGCAAGGGAGCAUCCAGGGUAGCCACGUCUGCCUCGCCAGUGGGGACUCGGAAACCUCCACCAGCUAAGGCCGACUGCCCGCGGAGAGCGUCUGCCCUAACAGCUGUCUGCCUGUCUGUCUGUCUGUCUGUGCCGCCGCUGCAGGAGAUUCUAGUGGAAAGAACCCUGGCACCACAGUCAAGUGGGGUCUGAGAUUCAAAUCCUGUCUCUGGCACUUACUAGUUCUACAACAGUGGACAAACCAUUUAAUCCUUUGGAGCCUCAUCUGUAAAAAGGAGGAUGCUGAGCGACCUGUAUGAGUGGUUUUGGAAAGAUGAGUACUGGUUCCCUCCUGGGUACUCAUGGGCCGACACGGAGGAUUCAGAUGGGGUCACCUACCCGCACCCCAGGGACCUGCUGGCAUCCAUUCCCAUAGCAUUGGUCUUAACGGUCAUCAGAUUUGGCUUUGAGAGGGUCAUCGCAAUGCCCCUGAGCAGGGCUUUGGGCGUGCGUGAUCGACUCAGGGUCAAGGCUGCCCCCAACCCCAUCCUGGAGGCCUUUUUCCGGACCCACAAUAAGGAUCCAAAAGAGGCUCAGCUAAGUCACCUGGCCAAUCAGUGCGGCCUCUCUGUGAGGCAGGCCCAGCGCUGGUUCCGACGUCGGAGAAACCAGGAGCGACCGUUACUAAGCAAGAAAUUCUGUGAAGCCUGUUGGAGAUUUUUAUUUUACUUCUCUUCUUUCUUUGGAGGCUUCCUCGUGCUCUACAAUGAAACAUGGUUGUGGGAGCCCAAGACAUGCUGGGACAGAUACCCCUUCCAGCCUCUGCAGCCUGCCAUGUACUGGUGGUACCUCCUUGAACUUGGCUUUUAUCUCUCCUUGCUGCUGACUAUACCCUUUGAUGUUAAGAGGAAGGACUUAAAGGAGCAGGUCAUCCAUCACUUUGUCACUGUCAUCUUGAUCGGAUUCUCUUAUUCCGCCAAUCUCCUGCGCAUUGGUACCUUGGUGUUACUGCUACAUGACAUAUCUGACAUUCUCAUGGAGGCCUGUAAAAUGUUUAAUUAUGCACAACGGAGGCUUAUCUGUGACACACUCUUCGUCAUCUUUGCCCUGGUGUUCAUCGUCAGCCGGCUCAUUCUCUUCCCAACCAAAAUUCUCUACACCACCUACUAUGAUUCCAUGAUCAAAUUUCAGCCCUUCUUUGGAUACUAUUUCUUCAAUGCCCUCCUCAUGGUUCUCCAGGUCCUGCAUGUCUUCUGGUCUGGCCUCAUCCUCCGGAUGGUCUACAAGUUUCUUUUAGCUGGCAGGAUGCAGAAUGACAUCAGGAGUGACUUGGAAGAACAGAACACAAGUGAUGAGCAGCCCGAGGCACCCCGACAGAAGAACGGGAGGCUCCAGCCCAUUGACAAAACAGACACUUGUAACCUUCCCCGGGCUAGGGUUGCUCGGGGGGCUGAGCCCAGCCAGCUGGCCAAUGGGCACACCCCUGCGACAUAGCCCGGCUCGGCUCGGGGGCCAUCAGAUGGUCUGACUCAGGGAUGACACCUGAAUGACUAAUCUGCAGACUGUCUGAGGACUCGGUUGUCAUGGGGGAUCUCCUAGAAUGUGAGGGAGCACGGACUCUAUAGGCCCGGACUAGGACCCUUUACUUGUUUCUCCAUCUCAUCUCUGUCCCCACCUCUGCUGGACUUGAGGGAGGAAGAAGAAAGAGAGAAUCUCGGCAGAAGAAUUGGGGGUGGGCUUAAUGAUCUUUCUCCUGAAGAGCCUUUACCCUGAGCCAGUGCCCCUGGACUGGCUGUUAAGGCUUUAGAAAGCCAGGGUGAUGGGGGGUACGAGGGGAAGGCUCUUUUUCUGCUGUGCAGGUACCCCUGAGGAGAAAGCUGAGGGACCCCUUCGAGGACCCUUCCACCACCCCCUCAGGGCCGCCCUACAUCCCCAGGGAGGCUCAGAAGGAGCAGGCUUCUUCCUGAGCCAAUGAGAGGGACCUGGGCUUCUAGGCCUGGGUCUGGAUUGGGCUGACCAUCCUCAGCCCUCUCUCCCUAUCCCAGCCUGAAGCCUCACCUCCACAACCUCGAGAGAACAGGGAAGCCCAUUCAGGAUAGGGAUGGUGGGGUGCAUUCUGGGUUUUCCCAGACCCAGAGAGGGAACAAUAAAACUUGAAUGGAGUAGUUUUCACUGUC